AUGCUACGGGGAUGGCGAGCCGUGCUCACGAACCUCAUCCUGGCCGUGGUUGCUGGAGGGGAUGAGAGCAACCAUAGCAAUCACACUAGCCACAGCUCCUGGAAAGUACCCGUGCCACAUCCGGAGCCCCAGUUCUGGCGCCGUGUGAGGCCCUACGGACCAGCGCUCAACGCCACCCUGGUGUGGCAAGGCUUUGGCACCCCCCAUCCCAUCGUAUGCGAACCGCAGGUGAUGUGGACGCCACCUCCACCCUGGCAUUCGAGGGAGACAGAGAAGGAUGAAAAGGGAGAUUUGGAGGGCGAGUAUCGACUCUACUUCCGGGCCGGGGGUUGGUUUACCACGCCCCAGGUCAUAGGGGUCGUCUUCUCUUCCGACCCCUUGCGGGAGGGCUGGAGCUACCGAAGCAAGUAUUGGGAGACAGGUGCCCGGGAUCCCUUUAUGCCGAUCUCAGGAGCCGGAUAUGGAGGUACAUCCUAUGACGAAAUCCAAGUGCAGCCUUGGAUCUUUUACCAAACCGGCAGGCAACGUCGCCGCCAGAAUACUCCGGACAUGCCGACGAUUGCCGACAGAGAUGGAGGGGUCUGGUGGCUUUAUGCUGGCAUCCACGCAGGCCCAGAAGAAGUCCACAAUCAGACCUCCGUCUCUCUCAGCGUGGAUGGUCUGCACUGGCAGUUAGUCCGACGCCAGUCGGUGCCGCUUGCGGGCAACUGCACAAUGUUCGGCAACAGAGUCAUCUGGAUUGAGGAGGAGGCCGAGCGAAUCGUCUUCCACCUGCUGCAAGAGCAGCUUUGCGGCCCAUGGAAAAUCUACCACUACACCAGUAGCGAUGGGCUGUCCGACUGGUCCGUCGCAUCAACCGGCCCGGUUCCAGGUCUUGAGCGCGUCCCGAAUGGGAUGUUUGGAGGCCCUAGCAUGCCUGUGCAUCCACAGUUCCUCGGCCCUGGACUUCGUCGCCCAUUCGGUCUGCCAGUUCCUGCGCCUUUCGAUGCCUCCGGCGCGCGCCACCUUUGGUUCCAUGCGGCCGCCCUAGGGGGGAACUUGCCUACGGACGUCUACCACGCUGUGUCGCCAGGCUCAGCCAGUGGCCCAUGGACAGUGCUCCACGUCGACAACAAGACGAACCCACUGGGAGCGGAGCUCGAGCACCGUGGCGCGUAUCUGAAUGACACAGAGAGAUGGACAACGUGGGAGUAUGAUCAAGUGUCCGACCCCAGCUUCACCUACUACGUGCAAGACUACUUGCUACCUCCCGCCGCCCGCCGGGCACUGUUGUUCUAUGACGGGGGCAACAACGCGAACGGCACGGGAAACAUUGGCAUGGCUGUGGGCUGGGCGGAGGAGAUGUUUCCCGGAGGUCUUGCAUCAAGUCAGAG